AUGGAUUCAGUGUACAUUUCCAACGAGUUCAAUGAACCUACCGUCGAGGAAAAGUCCGAGGCAUCCAUCUACUACGCCGCUGGGCCCGUCAGGUCAUAUCUGUCGAGCACCGCCCCCGCGACCGAAGAAGAAAGUGUGUACCAUGAGUAUGAGAACACCGAUUCCCCGGCUUACGAAGCCAUCCAAUCUGUAUACUUAAUGGAUCAGCAUAACCUUCCUCUGGCUUAUCGUUUGUCAUAUGCCCUGACUGUGAUCCCAGAACCAACGCGCCAGAUGGCUGUCGAGCUUGUUCAAGGAAUGGAAAAGCAAAGCUGUCUGGACCCCGACCAGUCUGACACUUCGCUUUAUGUCUCCGUUAUCUCAGCCGGAGUCAGUUUUGGAAACCAGGGCUACGGAAGCUACGAGGUAGGUGUCACUAGCACUGAAAUCAAAAAUCAAACAGCCUCUUGUGAAUCGAAGUGGACCCAGUGGUGAAUUUGAGGAACCCGAAAGCUUACCCGCCAAAUACAACGCCUCGGAGGCCGACAGCAACAACUCGCAGUACCAUUUCUAG